CCUGGCCAAUCACAGUGACUGCUCAAUGGAGCGUCGCUGGUAUCCGAGCUAGCAAUUCUCAUCCAUUCUCCCGUCGGCGAGCAAAAAUCCUACUCACCGUCCAACAAAAUCGCCGAUAGCUCAGCUUGCUGGCUACCGGUCCCUCGGUAAAAGUCUCCGGGUGAAUUUACGACGCAAUGGCUCAGAAGAAAAGUCCUAAAACGCAUUCCAAAAAAGAUGGGAAGCCGCCUCCGCCGCCGUCGUCUGAAAGCAAGAGCGGCGAGAAGGCGUCGGGAGGCGACGCGGGGACCGGCGCCAAGUAUUCCAUCUUCACCUGGUUUGCCGUGCUGGCACUCUUGGGGGUCUGGAGCUCCGUGGCCGUGGUCUACUUUGAUAUCGUCGACUACGACAGUGUCGUUGCCAGAGCUCAGGAGUUUCGUACAAACUUUUCCCAAGUUUUACAAGGAAAGUUGACGGCCUACGACACGGACGGAGACGGCGACUUUGACGUGGAGGAUGCCAAAGUCCUGCUCGAUGACCGGAAGCUUAGAGGUUCCCGCAGGAAGCAGGCGUACAGAAGAGGCCUGAAAGAAACGUCGAGUCCAAGGAAGAUACCAGAAGAAAAAGAAAAAGAAACUGCUGAAAAGCAGUCGACCAAUGACGAAAGCGGAGACCCUCAGGGGGAGGAGUCGGCGGGGGCGCAUCCACAGGACCCGCCCACAAACUCAGAAGCUGAAUUGGACGUGGACUCUGAAAUCCAAGCCGCCGUCCCUCUGCCCGCGUUUGUGGAAGAAGACUUUGUAGCGGAUGAUCCUCGAGAAGACGCCGAGCAUCUUCACGGUGAAGAAGCGGACGCCAUCGACACGAACGGAGUGUCAGUGGAGGAGAAGGAGUCUUCAUCUCGGCAGAGCGUCGUGGAAUCUGCAAAAGAUGUCACCAGCUCCAAGUUGACACAAGAAGACGAAUCCCCAAUGACGGCAGAGCAGCAAUCUCAAGCGACAGGAGAGCAGAGCGCCCACGGAGCAUCACCGGUGGCUGCGGCAGAGCAGCAGACCGAACCGGCGGAAGCGCAGAACCGGACCCCGAGAGAGACUGGCAGCGCACCCGAAGAAACGGUCGCGGAGAAGACGAAAGAAAAAGCCAGGAAGAAGAAACCCAAACUGCUCAACAAGUUGGACAAAAGCAUCAAAGCGGAACUGGACGCCGCCGAAAAGCUUCGCAAGAAAGGUAAAGUGGAGGCGGCCCUGCAAGCGUUUGAGGCCUUGGUUCAGAAGCAUCCGCUGAGUCCCCGCGCUCACUACGGAAAAGCUCAGGCCGAGGACGACCUGGCCGAGAAGCGACGCAGCAACGAGGUGUUGCAGAAGGCCAUCGCCAGCUACCGAGACGCCGCCGAGCUUCCGGACGCCGCCCCCGAUCUGGUGAGAGCGGCCCUCAAGAGGAGAGCCGAGCGCCAGCAGUUUCUGGGCCGUAUGCGGGGCGCCGUCACCACGCUGGAGAGGUUGGUGCAGAUCUUCCCGGACGACGUUGGCCUGAAGAACGAUUUGGGCGUGGCCUUCUUGUUGCUAGGCGACAACAAAGGAGCCAAAAAGGUCUACGAGGAGGUUCUGGCGGCGGCGCCCGCCGACGGCUUUGCCAAAGUUCACUACGGCUUCAUCCUCAAGUCGGAGAACAAGAUCGCGGAGAGCAUUCCGUACCUGAAGGAAGGGCUGGAGUCCGGAGCGCCCGGCACCGACGACGGCCGCUUCUACUUCCACCUGGGAGACGCCCUGCAGAGAGUCGGGGACGAGAGCGCGUACGACUGGUACCGAGUGGGUCACGAGCGGGGCCACUUUGCGUCGGUGUGGCAGCGCUCGCUCUACAACGUAGACGGUCUGGAGGCGCGGCCCUGGUGGACCCCCGAGGAGACCGGCUACGGCCAUCUGGUCCAGGCGCUGGAGAGGAACUGGAAAAGCAUCCGGGACGAGGCUCUGGCCGUGAUGGACCGGAACACGGGCCAGUUUGUACCGGAGGAGGAGAACCUGAGGGAGAAAGGAGAGUGGGGGCAGUACACGCUCUGGCAGCAAGGCAAGAAAUCCAGGACUGCCUGUCAGGCGGUUCCAAAGACCUGCGCCCUGCUGGACAAAUUCCCUGAAGCCACCGGCUGCAAGAGAGGGCAGAUCAAGUUCUCGGUGAUGCAGCCGGGCACGCACGUGUGGCCCCACACGGGACCCACCAACUGCCGACUGAGGAUGCACCUGGGAUUGCUCAUUCCCAAACACGGAUGCCGGAUCCGAUGCACGGACACUACCAGGGAGUGGGAGGAGGGCAAAGUAUUGAUCUUCGACGACUCGUUCGAGCACGAGGUUUGGCAGGAAGCCGAUUCCUUGCGCCUCAUCUUCAUCGUGGACGUGUGGCACCCGCAGCUGACGGCCAACCAGCGCCACACGCUCAGCGCCAUCUAGAGGGAGGGUUCCGCCGCUUCCUAACUCGAUCGCGCGCACGCACGUACACACACAGGCCAACGUGCACGUACCGCACACAAUAUGUUGUAUUGAGCGUUUAUUUUGAGAAACCUCUGGACAUUUUUUUUGUACAAUGAAUGAAAACUUUCAGAUGUUAUAGAAGUCUAUUUUUGAUUAAAAACAACACCAGAAAACUGUC